GCUUUUUCAAAUUUGUGAGGGAAAGUGAGUCCGAGCGCGAGCGCGUCCCACAAUGCACUCGCCGCUCAGCGGGAAACCAAAAUGGCGAGAGCGUGUGAGCCAAAUCAGUUGUUUACCAUAGUGUAAAACACUUAAUACAUUAGAUUCAUCUUGCACAAGCAGCACCACCUCGAUUUACAGCGGAGCUCCUGCUGACCGUUUAUGGUGUAGUUUUUUGUGUUUGUGAGGCAUUGUAACCCGGGAAAGUGGCCGAAUGAGAGACUUAGCAAGUGCAGAUAACCUGGCCGCCCAUCAAAAGUCAACUCCAAAUCACCAACACAAGUCACCGGUGCCCUUGUCACAAUUUCCCCUGAAAGAUGGGCUGACUGACACAGCCAGACUCGCCAGCAAGUUUGAAGAAGGGCAGGACGUCCUGGCCCGAUGGUCAGAUGGCCUCUUUUACCUGGGAAUUAUCUCCAAGAUAGAUAAACAUAAGCAUCGCUGCUUUGUGAUUUUUGAAGAUCAAUCUAAAUCUUGGGUUCUGUGGAAGGACAUUCAGACAGUUGACAGACUUCAGAGUCUCCGGGCUUACACAAACCGUAAGUCCCACAUCGAGCCAGGAGACAAGAAUAGGGAAGGGGACAGUGGAGGGGAAAUGCUCUGCUCUAUAUGCCAGAAUGAAAGCUCCGAGCCCCCCAAUGAAAUAGUUAUCUGUGACAAAUGUGGACAAGGAUACCAUCAGCUAUGCCACGCUCCCAUAAUCGACCCCAGUGUCAUUGCCUCUGAUGACAAAUGGCUGUGCAGACAGUGCGUGUUUGCUACAACAACAAAGAGAGGCGGUGCACUGAAGAAAGGGCCAAAUGCCAAAGCCCUACAGGAAAUGAAGCAGUCUCUGCCUUAUGCCCUUGAAGAUUUAGUGUGGGACCAGGGCCAUAAGACCAACAUGCAGCAAUGCUACUGCUACUGUGGAGGGCCUGGCGAAUGGUAUCUGAAGAUGUUGCAGUGUAAUAAGUGUAAGCAGUGGUUUCAUGAAGCCUGCAUCCAGUGUUUUCAGAAGCCUAUGCUCUUUGGAGACAGGUUCUAUCUAUUUAUUUGUUCCGUUUGUAAUAGUGGACCAGAGUACCUCAAACGUUUGCCUCUGAGAUGGGAAGAUGUUGCACACCUGAGCCUCUAUAACCUGAGUGUAAUUCAUAAAAAGAAAUACUUUGACUCAGAGCUCGAACUGAUGACUUACAUCAAUGAAAACUGGGACAGACUUCAGCUUGGCGAGCUUGCAGAUACACCAAGAGCAGAACGAUAUGAAUGCAUUCUGGAAGCACUUAACAGCAACCUAAACAUGUUCAUGUCAGGGAAAGAGAUAAAAAAGAAGAAACACCUGUUUGGAUUACGAAUUCGCUUCCCACCAGCCCCCCAGAGUUCUGAGCUCCUGUCAGGUCGAGAGCCAGAAAAAGCCUCCCAUGAGAUCAAAAUCAAAGGCAGGAAGGCCACCAAACCCCCUCAUUCAUCCAGCACUGUCACUAAUGGAGUGAAGAAAGGAAAGAGGAAGCAUCACACACACUCUUUAGAAACGUUGGCCAAACUGAGAAGAUCAAGUGAACUUUUGGCACAGAAUGAUGGGAAGUUUCCAACUCUAGACAACAACUCACUGGACCUGAUGGCUUCAAAAAGUGCUAAAAGUGAAAAAUCUUUGCCUUCAUCAAGUACCUCAGAUGUUGAAUCUGUUGGUGCCACCAGCACUAGUGAAACUACCUCAACCACCCUCUCAAGGCAGUCCAGUUUGGGCAGUCCGAGUGGACCACGCACUGGAUGCUUAUGGUCCACCAUCACGCAACCGCCAAUUAAGAGACGCCGGGGACGUCCACGACGAGCACUGCAGCCCCCAAAUCCAGAGAUUCCUCCACCCUGCAACCCAGAGCUGCAACCCAGCAACAAUGUCCCUGAGCCCAGCCCCCUCCCCUCUUGCCUCUACAGUGGCAUGGACAUCAUGCAGGGCCUGGACCCCAACACCCAGCUCAACAACCUCAAGAGUUCCAUCAGCACUUACUUCGGAGCUGCAGGGCGCCUGGCCUGUGGGGAGAAGUACCGUGUGCUCGCUCGCCGUGUCACUAAUGACGGCAAAGUACAGUACUUGGUGGAAUGGGAGGGCGUCACUGCCUCCUGAGUUUCACAUGGGUCUAAUGUACUUAAUUUCUUGACAAUAAAUACAUAACCUGUAAUGAGAGAAGAGCAGUGAUCGUGCCCAAAUGUAUAUGGUUGACUGAUAUAGUUGAAGGUCCUCAGGACUAUAAUGAAGAAAUGGGACUUUGUAGAGUUUUGUGUAUGUGACCUGUCUCUGUGGAAAUUGAAACAGACUGCCUUCAAGUGGACUGGAUUUACACAUUGAAGGUGGCUGUAGUUUCAGGUUGAAGACAUGAUCAAUUCACUACUAUGUGAAAAUAACCCAAGUCCUUGCUUUUUGUCUCUGAUGUGUAGGUGCCUUAAGGGAUUGCAAAACAGAUCCUAUAUGCUGCUGGAGACAAGAUUUUUUCUCCUUAUUCAGUUAAAUAUUUUCUCAUAGCUCGAAUUGCCAAGAGGAAAGAGCGCUAUUGUCAAUAGGGCACUUUUAUUUACAUUUCAACUGAUUGCACAGAAGCUCAUGUACAUCCAGUAUUGUGUCAUCUCAGUUUAAACAGCCUAGCUUGUGAAUUUGAUUAUAAAAUGAGAUUAUGAUGUUAAAAAACAAUGGAAAAUGGUUAAUUAUUCUCCUGCCACAAAACAUAAAAUUAAAUAAAUGAGUAGCAUUAAUAUUUACAUAAGAUCUUGGUAUUUUUGGAGACAUUCCACAUUUCCAGAAGGCUAAUCAAAGUUUUUUU